UUCUAUCGCAGUUUGCUGACAUGACGUUUCAAAAGACGCAUUAACUAUGGCCCAGCGUUGUCCAUCGAACCUGCAUGUGCCGAACGGUGCACCAGGUUGCUCCAGCGCACGCAUUCAAUACCCAUUACGGCUACAACGGAGAUCAUAUGACCGAUUGCCAUUAGCUGUCAAGAGUAGCGCAGCUGCCGCGGCGUCGGCGGGCGGUGGACCGGGCAAGGAUGGCGCAAAGCCGCAGAAGACGCCUAUGCAGCAGCAAAUCCUUAACGGCGUGCUAGGGAUAUCAAACGUUCCGUACAGCUCAUUUGUUCCCUCGCCGGUCACCUUCCUCCAUCGAAUUGACGCCCGCAUCAAGCAGGUGUGGCUGGUGGCGUUGUAUCUGAUGAUAGCCCGCGCCUCGCCCGCCAUCCGCCUGGCUAUCAGCGGCUCUGUGGCGCUCGUGACCAUGGCCAACUUCCCGGAGCGGCUGUGGCAGAGCCAGCUGCGGCGACUGGCGCUGCUGUGCGGCUUCAUCUUCAUGACCACACUGCUGCUGGCGGACAGCGUGCCGCCGCUGCUGCAGACGCGCGCGCCGCCCCUGCUGCUGGAGUCGUUGCCCGCCAUCCCCGCCACCGGCUACCAGUACGUGCUGCUACACGUGGGCCCCAUCACCGUCACGCACCGCUCCCUCAACCUGGCCAUCACCGCCUCCAGCCUCACUUUCUCGGCACUGCAGACGGCCUCGCUUUGCCUGGUCACCACGCCCGGCGAGGAGAUGGCCGUGGCUCUGCGGUGGUGGCUGGCGCCGCUGCGGUGGCUGCGUGUGCCGGUGGAGGAGGUGGCCAUGACGCUGCUACUCAGCCUGCGGUUCAUGUCGCUGGUGUUCGAGGAGAUCCGCAACCUGUCCCUGGGCCUGGCGGCUCGCGGCAUCAACUGGGAGGCUCAGGGCGGCGCCGGCAGCCUCAACAUGGCGGGGCGGCUGUGUGUGCGGCUGUUCGGGAACCUGUUCCAGCGCAGCGAGAACAUCGCGCAGGCCAUGCUGGUGCGCGGCUUCCAGGGCCCCGCCGACCACCACCUGUAUCAGAUGAAGGUCAAUCCCACCUCCUACUUCGCCAACGUGUGCGCGCUGGCGUUGCUGCUUGCCUACAGCGUGCUCAUCUACUACUUCAAAUGAUGACUCUUCCGGCAGGCCUGCACGCACACGCUGCAGUGUUGGUAGUGCCAACGCGGCGUGUGUGGGACGCGGUGGGAGGGUCGGCUACGGGGGUGUUGUUCUGGUGGCGCACUGGGCACACGGUGUUGUGAUCUAGGACAAGCAAGAGCAGAGGGGAUGAAAGACGAGUUCCCGUUGUGAUGGCUGACAUCCCGACCCGAUGAUCGUGCUGGCUGGCUCAGAAGGUUUGCUGGUGCGCAGUCCUCACGCUCCGGGCGCCCUGGGCAAACGGUGUAUGGAUGUACGGCAUACACGUGCAAGCGAAACGGUGAAGGGGUGAAGAGUGAGCCAAGUCGGUGAUGAGGGGUGCAGUCAUGCUUGGGCUUGUUGUUGCAGCGAGCUGGGUCGACAUGAUCAUGCGGAUGGCUUGCAGGUGUGGCUUGUCAGGUUGGGCAACGGCCAAGCGUGUUGGUCUAAUCCAGCUUGUGGCGCUUUGGGCUGUGCGCCGUGUGCUUUGUGAAUGUCCAUGGUUUAAAAUGAAUUUGGAUUUGUGCCGCAAAGGAGCGUCCAUUGACGGCAGUGCAAUUGUGCAGACGUGCGUGUAUUUGCAAUACUUCAGUGGGCCGUCCCACAACCCACCGCCGACCAUGCUUGGGGUGAGCGAGAUGCUGAGGUUGCGUGGUUGUUUGUUAGUUUGUACACGCUGACCGUUUACCCCAGGCC